AUGUGUAACUUCAUGGAAAAUUGGACAGCAGAGUUCAAGGAAGCUUUCCAGCUGUUUGACCAAACAGGAGAUGAAAAGAUAUUAUACAACCAGUGUGGGGAUGUGAUGCAAGCCCUGGGCCAGAAUCCUACCAAUACUGAGGCACUCAAGGUCUUUGGGCAUCCCAAGAGUGAUGAGAUGAAUGUGAAGCUGCUGGACUUCAAACAUUUUCUGCCAACGCUGCAAACUGUAGUAAAAAAUAAGGACCAGGGAAUCCAUGAGGACUAUGUAGAGGGGCUUUGGGUGUUUAAUAAGGAAGGGAAUGGCAUAGUCAUAGGAGCUGAAAUCCAAUAGGUCCUCAUCACCCUGGGUGAGAAGAUGACAGAAGUGGAAAUGUUGGUGGCAAGGCAUGAGGAUAGCAACGGUUGAAUCAACCAUGAAGAGCUAGUCCAGAUGAUGCUGAAUGAAGAGAACAACUCCCCUUUCCACAAAGAACCCCAUAAUUCUCUCAAUAUGAAAAUCGUCCUCUUGCCCCUGAAGUCCCUGAAGGACAUAUGGUAAUAUGUCCUCUUUGGCCUAUUUAUUCUCUGCUUUCUCCAAAUAAACUUGUUA